UUGGGAAAUUCUGCUAUUCAUGAUUAGCAUAUUGCAUUUUCUCUCUUAAUCAAUGUAAUAUUACUGACACAGGAAUAUUUAGGUAUGCAUGAUGGUAUUUGUCUCUUACAGGUUAAGUGAUUGACAUGUUUGUAAAUGGAAUGGAUGUAUAAGUGGUUUGCCAAAGUCUGGUAAUGGAGGUUGUACUAGGAUACAUACUAAUCUGGUAAUACUAAGAGGGUAAUGCCACAAUAUUGAACCCUUAGCACCAUGACUUCUGGUUCCCUUCAGCACCUCCUGGUUAUCAACCGGGGUAUCAGCAGACUUCAGGGCACUAUAAUGCGCAGUCGGGUGUUACCAUGGUGGUUGUUGGCCAGCCUGCCUGUGCCUCUUUCAGAGAUGGAACAGUUCUUAUGAGAUGCCCCCAUUGCCAUGCUGAUAUUUCGACUACGACCUCCUUUGAGACUGGGACCUGUGCCUAUCUCUGGUGUAUUGGACUCUGUCUGAUUGGGUGUGACAUGGGGUGUUGCCUGUUGCCAUUCUGCUGUGACGCAUGCAAGGACGUUGUUCACUCCUGCCCUAAUUGUAACCAGGUCAUCUCACGAUAUAGUCGCAUGUAAACUGUGAUCUUUCGCUGGCAAUAAUGGCUUUAUGUGGGUGUUCGAAGACCCACAAACUUUAUCCUUGAGAUUGAAGCAUUUUUUGUACUUAUUUACUUUAUCUCCAAAAUUAAGUAUCUUUUAUACUUAUUAAGCCAUUCCAUAUUGAGUUCCGUACAAGUAUUUAGAUUUCGCUUGUAAACUGGGGAUAUGCAAUACACAUAGCUUUUCUUAGGUUUUUAUAUCUCUAGUCAUUCUAUUUAAGUACAUUGUGGUUUUGCUUGUUAUUUUGGCAUAUGCAAUAAUAUUAUACAUGUAGUGUUUAAUUUUAAACUUCAAUAUCUUGUGUUACUAUGUGAAGAACUUGUAAUUUUAAUUUGUAAGACAAUUUGGGCCACUUUUUCGAGAAUUCUCAAGUUAACAACAUUGUUUAAAAAUCAUCAUUUUUAGCUUUCUAAUCUUCAUUUCUUUAGAACAUUCAUGUGCAAAUUUGGGAUUUGC